AUGGACGCGAACGAAUACCCCGAAGUGAUAAUUGACUCUUUACCGUAUAUCGAUCAAGAAAUCGAUUACGAAGGAAUGCGCGCAAAAGUCGAUAAACUUGUAGAACAAGAAAUGCGAAAGCGUACAACUUCAAAACGUGAUCAAGCAUUAAAUUUCCCUUCAAACUUCGAAUUUUUCAAAGAUUCGCCUAUACUUGCAACUGAAUAUCAACGUGUUCAACAAGGGAAGGCAAUUGCAGAGAUGGAUACGAGUAGAUACAAAUUGUCUGAACCUGAAGAUAAGGAAAACGAGGAGUUAUGGCAGAAAUCCGUGGAUAAUUCAAAAUCUCAGCUUCAGCAUCAAAAUUUGAGAUUAUUUAAUUUGGAGUUACUACAAAAGUACGGUGCAAACGCGUGGAGAGUUCAUAAUUUUCAAUUAGAACAUGAACUACAACAAUAUCAAAAAUCUUUAGAAGAAUACCGCCAAAGUAUCCUGGAACUUAAUAAACAAAGAAAAACAGAACAGCUUCAGGCGGGCAGUCAGAUUGAGGCGUUGGAACUCAAAUGGACUGAGAUGAUUGGUCAAACACUUCAAGUGGAAGUGGCAUGUGCUUCCCUGGAAAGCGAGGUGCAACAAUUGAAACAAUAUGAGCAGCAAUUAAUUGCACGACUAGAACUUGCAAAUAAAGAUGAAAAUAAGGUCGAAUCGGAAGAUGCAGCUGAGGAGGAAAAAGAGACUUGA